AUGUCUCUCCACGCUACAGAAGUUCGACAAGACAAUGGAGAGCCCUCUUGUGGCGACUUUCGGCCUUUCGCUAUCGAAACAAUCGAAAGCAUUAGCGAAAUCGCAAACUCCAUACAACUAAGCUGCAGCGGCAACAACAAAUUCUGCAGCUCCUUGAGCAGUGUCCUCUGGAGUAUUAAGUUGUCUUUACAACCCUUACCUCAGUCUCAUGACGAGGGAAAGAAGAAGGUUGCGAGUCUCUUGAAUAAUCUUGAAAGGCUCUGUAGCUGGCCUCGUCCCUUCUCAAAGAGAAGUACUGAAAUCGGCACGAAGCGUUGGCCAACCCUCAAUGCUCUUCAACAUUCGUCUCAUACGAAUAAUGCAACCGAAUGCAUUCGAAGUUUUGCCUCCACAAAUGACAGUGCCACAGCUGCAAGUCGAGUUCAACUGCUGAAGAGGUUCAAGAAGUUCUCUGGUAAGAGUAUGAAAGAAAAUAUGACAGAGGCUCUGAAAUCACGUCCAAGCGAAGCGCUUUCUUCUGCCAACCAGCUAAAGGUGCAACAAGUGAGCUGCGAGCUGGAUGACGACAUUAGGUGUCUACACCGUACGCUUCUUCAGUACCGAUCGUGCGAGCAAGAAGGCUCUCAACAAAGUAUCGCAGCUCAUAUCCGAUUGAAUGGUUACAGAAGCCUAGUCACCGACGACACCACGGCUGAAUUCGGUGUCCUUUUCUUUGACCAUCCACAUAUAGGAGAAUGCCAUUGGCAAGAUGUAUGUAUUCAGAUAUGGCAGCCACGGCCUUCAAAAGCGCCCAAGGUGCAAUUUACGCGUGAAGACAGUGAGCAGCAAAUGUUAUGCCAGCCUCGUACAAGUUACACGCCUAUCACCUGUGAAAGCUUUUGUAAGCAUAUCAGUGGCCGUAGUCAAGCGCAGCUUCUUCUCUCAGUUCAGAAUGGGGAGCUCCUCAUGCGAAAUUAUCGAGACAUAAGUCGGAAUUGGAUCACAAGCCAACAGGCAGUUCCCUUAGCAGACCUUCUCGACGAACCAAAGGCUAAAUUCACUGAAAAGAUGAAGGCUGUGUUGGCAUUGCUGCUGGCCAAGGCAACGGCACAAUUCUACGACUCGGAUUUCAUAGGCCAAGGCUUCACAAAGGACAACAUCCAAUUUCUUUUUGAGGAGCGAGAUAGGAUUGAGGGGGUAUACGUCAAUGAGCCGAUGCUGCUUCUUCGAGUCAAUGAGGACGAUACAGAUAAAUCGGAGACUCAGGAUGAUAUCAUGCCAAUGGCAAUGAUACAUGAUAUGCCCAAGAUUCUUGCUCUUGGCCUAUUGCUCCUCGAACUGGAGACAAGAACUUCCAUGAAAAGUUAUCGGGACGACCCAGACUUAUGUCCACCCGGCGCAAUAAACAUCAAUACUGACUAUAAGAUUGCUGGAAAGCUACUUGAUCCUAAUCAUCCAGCCUACAUCCUUCCAGAAAUGGCUCCCCUGUCCCCGUUCAGGACAGUUCUCCCAACAUGUAUCAAAACUGGAGAGCUUGCGAGGAGAAUGCGCGAGAAUCUCAGCGCCCAGAAACGGACGAAUGUUGAUGUGUCUAACGCGAUGCGAUCUGUUAUCUACAGCGAGAUUGUUGUCCCGUUAGAGAAAUGGGUCAGUAGUUAUCAAAACCCGGACACAGUCAACGUUCUAUAUAAAUUACUACAAAGGCGGUUUGCAGCUACGCCACGAGUCAUCGAGACUUCGCGACAGGUUCUGUCUAGACCAGAAGUCAAAACGUUCGCUGUCAGCGGCAUUAAUAACGAAGCUAGGUAUCUCUACGAAUAUGAUGUUGGUAUUACUGAUCAAAUACUAAAUGACUAUAGGAAACGCCAACUCUCACAAGAAUGGUUCGAAAACUACGACAGACUCAAGGAUACCCUUCAACCAGAAGACUUUGAGACCGGACCGGGAUGUCAGCGAGUAAAGAUCGCCAUCUUAGACACCGGCAUUCGCUUAGAUGACCAUGACCACUACCGUAAAUUUGGAAUCAUAGCGGAGUACAAAGACUACGUAAACAAUAACAGCAGUAACCCAGAUGAUGAGACAGGCCACGGCUCUGCUGCUGCUUCUCUUUUAAUUCGAACCUUCCCGAAUGCAAGUCUAUAUCUCGCGAGGGUCCUCAAGACAAACAAUCCGACACGCUCAGAGGUCCAGAAUGUCGUGGAUGCAAUCGACUGGGCUACAAAGCAUGAAGUGGACAUCAUCACCAUGGCUCUUGGGUUCAAGGAAUACCAACCAGAAAUUGCCAAAGCAAUUGCUAGGGCUCGCUCAAAGCAAAUUCUUAUCUUCUCAGCUGCAUCCAACUCACAAAACAUGCAGAGGAUUUACUUCCCUGCUAAGGACCAUUACCAAGUCUUCGGUAUCUUCUCAACCAAUGCUGGCAACCGAGAGUCCAGAGACUUGAACCCUUCUCCUGAUGAGAGGCAGCAUAGUUUCGCAAUCUUCGGUGAAGGCGUCGAGAUCGCGGAGGACAAGCCUUUACUCAGUGGAUCCUCGUACUCUACAUCUAUUGCAGCGGGUCUGGCGGGCAUGCUGCUGGACUUUUCGCGGCAGGAGACAGAUAAAGAAGAUGUCCCUGACAUCUCCCGCUUGAGAGACAUGGAGGUAAUGACGCGAAUAUUUUUAGAGAUGGCCAGGGAAAGUAGUGAUGGGAGAUAUAAGUGCAUUCGACCUUGGGAUCUCUUAAAGAGUGGGAAGGAUAUUCAUCGGGCGAAGCAGCGUGAAUGGAUCCGCGGAACUAUCGAAAGACUAUUAGACAAGAUUUAG